AAUCGAAAGCGUCUUAGCAAUUUGCAUCGUUGAUUAUAUUAAAGUGAAAUACUUUAAUAAACUUAUAAAAAUUGAUCAAAUUACAAUUAAUAAACUCAAAAAUUAAACAACAAAUAUGAACAGAAGACGCGCACAUGAAGACGACGAUGGAUAUUAUAAUCGUAGCCGCAAACGUCGUCGUGUCUCUGAAAAUCAAGAAAUCGAAGAUCGAUUAGAAUCUUUAAUCCUUCGUGUAGGUGAGAGAAGUACAUCGUCGGUCGAAUCCAAUCUUGAGGGAUUGGUUUCCGUCUUGGAAGCUGACUUAGGUACUUUUCGUUUAAAAAUCCUUCGAAUCCUCUCAGAAUGCGCUGUAAAAAUGCCCGAAAAGUGUACCAUCUACACAACACUUGUUGGCUUACUAAAUGCAAAGAACUACAAAUUUGGAGGAGAAUUCGUUGACCAUAUGGUUAAGACUUUCAAGGAUAGUUUGAAGAUGUGCCGCUGGGAUGCAGCCAGGUACUCGCUUAGAUUUUUGGCCGAUUUGGUUAAUUGCCACGUCAUAUCGGCGUCGAGUUUAUUGCAAUUACUUGACAUAAUGAUUGAUGUGUCCAACGAAGAUAAUGUGCCGCAGGUGCGUCGUGAUUGGUAUGUCUUUGCUGUUCUGUCUACUCUUCCAUGGGUUGGCAGGGAUCUUUACGAAAAAAAAGAAUCAUCUUUGGAGAGUCUUUUGCUAAGAAUUGAAGUUUUUCUCAAUAAACGAACAAAAAAACACCACAAUGCUUUGAGAGUUUGGUCCGUAGAUGCACCUCAUCCUCAGGAAGAGUACUUGGACUGCUUGUGGGCACAGAUAAGAAAGUUGCGACAGGACAAUUGGGCUGAAAAACAUAUCCCACGGCCAUAUUUAGCUUUCGAUUCGGUACUCUGUGAGGCAUUGCAGCACAAUUUGCCCCAGAUUGUUCCACCGCAACAUCACGAAUCGUUUGUUUAUCCGAUGCCAUGGGUCGUGUAUCGUAUGUUCGACUAUACAGAUUGUCCAGAUGGACCAAAUUUGCCUGGGGCACAUUCCAUUGAGAGGUUUUUGAUUGAAGAGCAUUUGCAUCAUAUAAUUGAAACUCAUAGGCUGGAGCGAAAGGAUUGUGCAGCGCAGUUGCUGGCGUUUCCUUACAAGAACAAGAUUCCUCUGGAAUAUUGCAUUGUUGAGGUAAUAUUUGCUGAACUAUUCCACAUGCCGACGCCAAGGUAUCUAGAUAUAGUGUAUGGGUCGAUUCUGAUUGAGUUGUGCAAACUUCAACCAGCGACAUUGCCUCAAGUAUUGGCUCAGGCAACAGAGAUUUUGUUCAUGCGGAUAGAUUCAAUGAACACAUCGUGCUUCGAUCGUUUUGUUAAUUGGUUCUCCUACCAUUUGAGUAAUUUCAAAUUCACUUGGUCGUGGGAUGAAUGGGAUAGUUGUUUAUUAUUGGAUGCAGAGCAUCCAAGACCUAAAUUCAUUCAAGAAGUGUUGCAGAAGUGUUUGCGAUUGUCAUAUCAUCAGAGGAUUACAGAGAUGAUGCCUGAAGCAUAUGCUCAGCUGAUACCAAUUGCUCCGCAGCCAAACUACAAGUACGCUUCAGAAGGAGCUGCUGCACUACCAGGCACGACAACAGCUCAUCAACUUGUCGUUGCCAUACGGCAAAAAUGCACGCCUGAGGAGGUGAUCAAUGUACUGAAAGAACUACCAAACUCUGGAGAAAAUGGUGACAACGAAAUGUCUGAGACCUCCUUCAACCCUCUUAAAAUCGACGUUUUUGUUCAGACUUUAUUGAACUUGGGAUCCAAAUCAUUCUCACAUAGUUUUGCAGCAAUAUCGAAGUUCCAUUUGGUAUUCAAGGCUCUUGCCGAAUCUGAAGAAGCUCAGAUAUGUAUUCUGCAUAAUGUCUUUGAACUCUGGAAGAACCACCAACAAAUGAUGGUAGUCAUCAUCGAUAAAUUAUUAAAGACACAGGUUGUUGAGUGCUCUGCUGUAGCAACUUGGAUUUUUUCCAAAGAAAUGACCAGUGAAUUCACGAAGAUGUAUCUGUGGGAAAUUCUUCAUCUUACCAUAAAAAAAAUGAACAAACAUGUUAUAAAAUUAAGCUCAGAAUUAGGAGACGCUAAGGAGAAAUUAGCCAAAGCAGAUUCAUCCUCAAGCGAGUCUGAAGAAGAAGGUGGGGCUCAGAAGCGCAAAAAACCUCAUCAAAAUGUGGAUAAGCCUUCGGAAGAGAUGGUCGAAAGAAUGGAGGAAAAGCUUGAAGCAGCUAAUGUUGAUCAGAAACGUUUGUUUCUGAUAGUUUUUCAACGUUUCAUCAUGAUUUUAUCGGAACAUUUAGUACGAUCUGAUACUGAUGGCCGUGAUCCAGACACUGAUUGGUAUCGAUGGACGAUCGGGAGACUACAGCAAGUGUUUUUGAUGCACCAUGAGCAAGUCCAAAAAUAUAGCAGUACUUUGGAAACACUGCUUUUUACAUCCGACCUAGAUACUCAUAUUUUAGAUGUUUUUCAUCAGUUUACAGCACUACGAGCUUAGAUUAAUAAGUUGACAUUUAAUCUGUUGUGUUAUGGUGUAUUUAAUCCCCGUUUUAAUAAUAAUAAAAACAAAAAACAUGGA